AUGAGGCUGAGGCGGCUGCUGCUGCGCUACUACCCGCCGGGAAUUAUCCUGGAAUAUGUACAAGGUGGUGAGCCAAAGACCAGAUCUAUAGAUCUACUUAAUCUUACACCUGACACAGAUGCCAUAGCCUUGGUAGAAGAAAUUCGAAAAGGAGAACCUCUCAUCACAGCUUCAUGCAAGGAACAUAUCAUACAUUUAGUACGAAGAUUGCAAGAGAAGCUAGGGGAAAAAGAGGAUCACAAGUUCUAUCUUUUUAAGGUACUUAGAGCACAUAUAUUGCCACUGACUAAUGUAGCAUUUAACAAAUCUGGUUCCCGCUUUAUCACUGGAAGCUAUGACAGAACCUGCAAAGUAUGGGAUACUGCAUCAGGAGAAGAGCUAUGUACGCUGGAGGGACACGGAAAUGUUGUCUAUGCAAUAGCUUUCAAUAAUCCCUAUGGUGACAAGAUUGCCACUGGAUCUUUUGAUAAAACCUGCAAACUAUGGAGUACAGAAACAGGAAACUGUUAUCAUACUUUCAGAGGACAUAGUGCAGAAAUAGUAUGUUUAUCAUUUAAUCUUCAGAGCACAUUGGUGGCCACUGGAAGCAUGGAUACCACCGCCAAAUUAUGGGAUAUAGAGAAAGGAGAAGAAAUAGUGACUUUAAGUGGGCACUCAGCAGAAAUUAUUGCGUUGGCUUUCAACACCACUGGAGAUAGGAUUAUCACUGGCUCCUUUGACCAUACAGUAGCAGUGUGGGAUGUUGGCACUGGCAGGAUGUUACAUAAUUUAACUGGUCACCGAGGAGAGAUUAGCAGUGCACAGUUCAACUGGGACUGUUCCCUCAUUGUCACUGGAUCAAUGGACAAAACAUGCAUGCUGUGGAAUGCUAUGACUGGGACACAUACAGCAACUUUAACAGGUCACAGGGAUGAAAUACUGGAUGUCUGCUUUGAUUAUGCUGGUCAGCGUAUUGCAACUGCCUCCGCUGAUGGAUCAGCAAGAGUCUAUGAUGCAGAAACAAAAAAGUGCAUUGCAAAGCUAGAAGGGCAUGGAGGUGAAAUUUCAAAGGUAUGUUUCAACCCUAAAGGCAAUCGUAUACUAACAGCCAGCUCUGAUAAAACAGCUCGACUCUGGGAUGCUGCUACUGGACAUUGCCUUCAGAUAUUAGAGGGUCACACCGAUGAGAUAUUCUCCUGCGCUUUCAAUUACAGAGGUGAUAUAAUCAUUACAGGGAGCAAGGAUAACACCUGUAGAAUAUGGUACUGA